GCUUCCUCCCGGCCGCCAUGGCCGCGCCCGCCGCGGGGACAGAGCUGCCCGUGCCCGAGUCAGGUGCUGUUUUCACAUUUGGGAAAAGCAAAUUUGCAGAAGAUAUUCCUAGCAAGUUCUGGUUCAAAAAUGACAAGCCUGUGCUUAUAUCCUGUGGAGAUGAACAUACAGCUAUUAUUACAGGGAAAGGCAAACUCUACAUGUUCGGCAGUAACGACUGGGGCCAGCUAGGACUGGGAUCAAAGAGCACUGUCAGCAAACCAACCUGUGUUAAAGCUUUAAAACCAGAAAAACCAAAACUUGCUGUUUGUGGAAGAAACCACACCUUAGUUUACACAGAAAAAGGAAAUGUCUAUGCUGCUGGAGGUAACAGUGAAGGCCAGUUGGGGUUAGGUGACACAGAGGAAAGGACCACAUUCCAUUUAAUUAGAUUUUUCACCAACCAGCACAAGAUCAAGCAACUAUCAGCUGGGUCAUACACCUCAGCAGCAGUAACUGAGGAUGGGCAGCUCUUUGUGUGGGGUGAUAAUUCAGAGGGGCAGAUUGGCCUGGCCAGUGAAGCCUCUGUCAGUGUCCCCUGCAAAGUGGAUAUUGGAAAACCUGUUUCCUUUGUAUCCUGUGGAUAUUAUCAUUCUGCCUUGAUUUCAGGAGAUGGUGAGCUCUAUACUUUUGGAGAAGCUGUGAAUGGGAAACUGGGAUUAUUCCCUGAACAGCUGAAGAACAAUAGAGUCCCACAGCCUGUACUGGGAAUUAUGGAAAAGGUUAAUAAGGUUGCUUGUGGUGGAGAACACACUGUGGUGCUGACAGAGACAGAUGUUUACACUUUUGGACUUGGACAGUAUGGGCAGCUGGGACAUGGAACUUUUGUGUUUGAAAGUUCAGUACCAAAGCCUUUGAAACGCUUGAAGAGGCAUAAAAUUUGUAACAUUGCAUGUGGGGAAAACCACACUGCUGUGAUAGCAGAGAAUGGCCUGAUGUUUACUUUUGGAGAUGGACGACAUGGCAAGUUAGGAUUUGGAGAAGAGAGUUUUACAAAUCUGUUUGAUCCCACUCUGUGUUACAAUUUCUUGAAGUUCACAGUCCUUUUGGUGGCUUGUGGGGGUUGUCACAUGCUGGUUUUUGCUGCUCCAAGGCCUAAAGGAUCUGAAAUACCCUUGGAAGAUUUGUAUGAGCCUCGUUUGGCUGCUGCUGCCUCUCAAAGCAGAGGGGACUUUGUGCUGGCAAACACUUUGCAGUUAUCAGCAGCACGAAUGCGGCGUCGAGAGAGGGAAAGGUCACCAGAGCAGUUUGCUCGAAUGGCACAAACUCUGCCUGCAAUGGGGAAAAGCUUCUUAAAAUCUUCAUUGCCUGUGGCAAGCAACACCAGCCCAUUCUGGUUUUCUGCAAGUCGUCCUAAAGCUGAAUCUGGGAGGGAUGGAGACCAUGAGAAAGAAAAUAAUCAUCAAAAUGAUAAACCUAGUGAAGACUCUUCAGAACAAGAUUCAGAUAAUGAAAAUAUCGACAGAAACCUUGGGGAUACAACUGACAUCCUAAAUAUGACACAUGCAAUGAAGCUGAAUCCUGGUGACUGGUCCUUAAAAUUAUCACCGCUCCAAAAACAGAAGAAGAACAAUAAAAAUGUGAAACUGAAAAGAGAUGGUAAGGGUGGGCUGAAAAACAAGGAUUCUGAUUCCACAAAGGAGGGCUCAAAAUUAGAGUCUGGCUCUUUACAAAAGCAGUCUUCACUUUCAGAGUCAACUGGUCAAGAUUUAGAAAAGAGUAGUGCCUUUGUAGGGAAGCCUGUGGCCAGAAAAAGUAUAAAGAAGGGUAAAUCUGAACAUGCACAAAGUGAUAGUACUUUGAAAAGUGGUGCUCAAGAAAUUACUGAGGACAAAAGCAUAUUAGUGAAAAGGGAAAAAGAGGGUGUGGAAAAUCCUGAAUUUUUCAGAGAGGAUGCAAGAUAUAAUCUUCCCACUGAAAAUCAAAUUCUGACUGAAAAAUUAAAUUCUUCCAAUAAAAAGCCAAAAGCUGUUAAAUCUAAGCAGUCCCUUAAAAUAGAGGUACUUCCUUCUGCUCCCAGGGAUCAGCCCCAGGCUGAUUCAUUAAUUGUACAAGAAUACAAUCCUGUUAAAAAGCAAGGGAGUCAAAAAACAGCAGAUAGUCAAAACAAACUAAAGGAUGGUGUUGAAAAAUCUGACAAGUAUGAAAGAAUGAAUGUCACAGGAGAACAAAGUAGUGCAGAACAGAAGGAGCAUCAUAAAAAAAAGCAUCAGUUUUUGAAACAAGUAUCUGUAACUUCGUCAUCAUCUUCAACUGAGGAAAGUACUAAUGAUCUCCAAAAAUAUAUACUUAAGGAAGAGGCCUUCUAUGAACACAGAGUUGUGCAGAGGGCAAGGAGGACAGUGACACAUCUGGACUCAGAAAAAGACAGUGAGAUUGAGGAGAUGCAAGCUACAAACAAUGAGAAAGAGCAUGUAGAACAGACUGAUUUAAAAAGCCUGAAUGAGGAAGAAAUAAGCUCUGAUGAUAAACCUGAUGAAGACAGGCUAGUAGAAAUUAAGAAUGAGGAGGAAUCUGAUCAGGAGCAGGAGAAUGAAAGCAGUGAAAAGGGUGAAAGUGAGAAAGAAAAACUGGAUGAAACAAUUGACAGUGAAGGUAAACUAGGGGAGGAAGAAGAGAGUGAGGUUAGCAAAGACGGAGAUGAGGUUUCAGUAGAAAAAGAUGAAGAGGGAAAAGAUAAUGAGGAAGAAAAUGAACAAGAAGAAUCACAAGCUGAAAGAGAAAGUGGGAAUGAGGGUGCAGAGGAGAAUGAGGAGCUCAGCCAGAAAGAUGGCAAAGAGCAAAGAGAUGAGCAAGGCAGGUUGGUGGAGGAAGAAGAAAUGGUGAGCGAGGGAGAAAAGGAGGAUAUGGAGGAGAAGUAUGAGAAAGAGGAGGGCACUGAAAAAGACAAAGAACAGGUUAAAAGUGAGGGAAGAGAUGAGAGUGAGGAAGGAGGGGAAGAUACAGAGGAAGGGGAAGAAAAAGAGGUAGAGGCAGAAGAGGAAGGAGAAGAUGAAAAGGAAGAUGAAGAAGAAAAAGAAAGGGAAAAUGAAAAAGACAAAGAGGGUGAAGAGGAGGAGUUGGGAGAAUCAUUGGCAGGGAAGGAAGAAGAGGUAUCUGAAGAAGAGCAGGUUGAGGAAGAUGCAAAUACAAAAACUAAGGAAGUGGCUGAGGAUGGAAUGGAAGAAGGAAAAGAUGGGGAGGAUGAAGUGGAAGAAGGAAAAGAUGGGGAGGAUGAAGUGGAAGAGGAAAGAGGAGAUGAGAAAGAGGAAGGAGCAGAGGCAGAAGCAGAAGGGGACAAGGGGGAAGAAGAUGAAAAGGAAGAAGAGGAGGGGGAAAAUGAAGAGAAAGGGGAAGAUAAAGAGGGAGAAGGAGUGGAAGAAGAUGAGGGAGUAGGAGAGGAAGAAGAGAGUGUUGGGGCAGAUGAGGGAAAAGAGGGAGUGGAUGAAGAAGAGGAAGAUGAGGAAGAAGAAGAAGGAGUGGAAGAAGGGGGAGAUGAGGAAACAAGAGAGGAAGAAGAAGAGGUAGAGGAGGGGAAAGAGGCAGGACAGGAAGAAGGAGAAGAAGAAGGAGAAGGGGAAGAGGAGGAAGAGGGUGAGGAGGAAGAAGAAAAAGAGGAAGAGGGUGAGGAGGAAGAAGAAAAAGAGGAAGAGGGUGAGGAGGAAGAGGAAGAAGAGGAAGAGGGUGAAGAGGAAGAAGAAGAAGAGGAAGAGGGGGAAGAGGGUGAGGAGGAAGAAGAAGAAGAGGGGGAAGAAGAAAAAGGGGAAGAGGGUAAGGAGGAAGAAGAAGGGGAAGAGGGAGAGGAGGGAGAAGAUGAAGAGGAAGAGGGGGAAGAAGGAGAUGAGGAGGAAGGGGAUUUAGGAGAGGAGGAAGAAGAGGAUGAGGGAGAAGAUGAGGAUGAGGAGGAAGAAGAAGAGGAAAAAGCAAAAGAUAAAAGGAAAAAUUAUAGUAGUAAACUUCCAGAAAAGAAAAGCAAACCCAGGAAGCCAGAAAAGACAGGAAGUGCUGCUUUACCAAACAGCUCUAAACAAAACGUGAAAUCCAAACGUCAUGUAGCAAAUGGUUUACAUAAUCCAGAACAAUUUUGGAACAAUGUGCUACCUCAUUAUUUAACACUAAAGUAGCAUAGACUACUGUAGAUGAAUUUUAAGCCUAUUCAGGAAACAGAUCAAUUUUUAUUACUUGAAGGAAUCUUUUCAUGAAAUCAAAGCAAACUGUUAUGCAUAUAAUUUAAGUGCCAAUGUCUUGAAAAAGACUGAAGAAAAUGUUUGGAUUCAGGAUACUUUUAUGAGAGAAAUCAUACUUUAUUGAUACAAUCAUUUUCACAAUCAUGUUUAUCAUGUAUGAUAUAUGAAACAUUAAUUGCUGAGGAGGUAAAUUGCGUUUGCCUCUUAAUCAAAGUGUAAUAUGCUGACAAAUCAAUUAUACAUUGUAACAGUGUAAUCUUUGCCUUUGAAUCACCAAUUUUAGUAGCAGGGCAGUUUACUGAUAAUGUGCCUUACUUGAAGGGAGUUUCAGUAAAUUAGCAAAGGUACAUAUUUUAAAAUUUUGGUAUCACUCUGUUGUAAUUGAGUGACAAUACAAAGCAACACACUCCAUUUUCAGAAGGCUUCAAAGCUGUUUUUAUUAUAGCAUGCAUGCUUUUUAUACAUUCUUACAAAACUCCUAAGUUUACACUUUACUCAUUGGUCAUGAGAGACAAACAAAGUGCUCAUUGAAAUAGGCAGUUGUAGGUUUCUCUUGUUUAUCCUUCUUUCUUUCUUGGUUUCUAUGUCAACAACCUUGGUAGAAAAUUCUUUCAGGGGUAAACAUGGAUCCUUUUGUCAAACUUCUCUCUGGCUCUCUGUAAAACUUCUUCCACAUCACUCCAUAAUUUAUUCCCCCUACUUUUAUUCGGUUCAUACAUUGGUACAAUGUUCAAGGACCUAAAUUAAAGAAAGGACAAGUUGCCAAAUUUACGUGGGUCAGCGGAUGGUAAUGGAAAUGCAGGCCUGGGUAAGUGAUGGCCUGGGACUUUGCAAGGGCCUUAAGGCUGACUUCUUAUUUGCUGUCAGCACAUAAUUCUGUGCAAAAAGGCACACACAGAUCUCAGAAUCUGGCCUAGAUAACUUUAGAGUACAGGGAUAAUUUUUUGAAUAUCACACUUGGUGAUUGGAUAGAACUAAGAAUUUGAAAUACACACUUCUAAAACAUUUUUUUAUUUGUUUAUACUGUGCAAUACACAAAAGAUUCUAUAUCUGCCUACAAAAGACUACAUUACAUAAGUCCUCUAACUCUGAGCUAUUCCAGGAGGGAGAAUAUAUGUUGUUGCUGUGUGAAACACAUAUGUUUCCAGGAUCAGAGCCAAAACUUCUCCUCAUUGGAGAAUAUUUAUGGUUUUUAAAAACCCUAUCUGUAAUCUCCAAAAAGAGGCAAAUCAACAAGCCAGAUGGAAUAGUAAAGAAAGUGGUAAGAAAGUCUGAUUUUUUUAAAGACAAAGUUAAUACUUUCAGAAUUUCCUUAAAAUACACAAACAAAUUUUGCAAAUUAUUUUUGUAAUAUAAUGCAUCACUCUUUCAACCAUUAGAGACUGAACUGGCAAAUGAAGACAUAGGGACUCAUGCAGAAUUGUUACUUGAAUAUUACGCCAAUGGGGGGUCUCGGAAAUUUUUGCAAACAGAUCUCAAUAUUGACAUUUUCUAGAAAAAUAGUUGUUUAAGCCCUACUUGUAAAUGAGGAGAGAAGAAGAAGGGAAUCAAAAUGAGUAAAUGUCAUUCAAUAAAAACAUGAAUGGAAUCAAUACUUAUGUUGAUAUUAUGAAACAUUUUAUUAUUGUUUUGUAAGAUGCUGGCAUUAAACAAUCUUUGACAUGAUGUCUCCAGAAUUUAUUUUCUACAAAGCCUGUAGUAGAUCAGUAGUUUGCCAGUGAAUCCUAGUCUAGGUCCAACCUUCCUGCCUCACUCACCCCUUCCACAUGCUGCAUUUGAAGGUAAGAUCAGUUCAGGUGUGCUGUGCCUAACUACAGCAAAAUGUUACCCCAGUGACUGAAUUUUUCCCUGUGACAUUUGUUUCAAACUUUGGAAUUUUCUGGAGCACAUUGUCUUGACAUCAGCAUGUGUCUUUGGAGCAGGGUAAGUAUCCUCAUAUUCUGUUAGAGAAUAUUUAAUCAGUUUAAUGCCCUUCCCAAUAUCUCUCUAACAAUGGAGUCAUUGGAUAUUUUGCCAGUGUGCUGUGCUAUCACAAUUCCUCUGAAAACACUUCCCCUUGAAACUAAGUGGAGCUGUGAUGUGUUAUUUUAUCUUUCUUAGAAAGAUUAGGAUGUUACUGUGAUUAAACUUAGUAAGUUUAGUAGUAUUGAAAAGUAUUUUUAUAGGCCUAAAACUGGGUUUCUUGGAUAUGACAUCUACUUCUUCAUGGUUCUAGAAUUCAUCAUUGGAGCAAAACUGGGCUGUGAAAAACAAAACAACACUGUUUUUUCUAGUAAAAAGUAUUUCCUAGAGAGAAAGAGAGAAAAAAAAAGAGAGCAUUUUAAAGCAAGUGAUUUCCAAUUCCACAUAGGAAUGGCCCUUCAUUUACUGUUUGGUUGCAGCAUUUAAUGUAAAUUCUUAGGAAAAUGAGGACUAUUUGUUUUUUCUCUCUUAGCAUAUGCUGAUAGCAGAAAGCUUUCCAAGAAAGUGAAGGAAGCCAGCUUAUGGUCAUCUCCUCUUCUUUGUUUUGUCUAGAUUAAAAUUCACUGAUUUGAGAACUGGUUUUAUGUAGUUUUGUGGAUCAUUCCUGUGGUGGUGGAAAAGCAGAGCUUUACUCCAGCACUUCUAAGGGUUUUCCACGGGCUCGUUAUAUAAAUUGGGCUCUCUGCCACCAUUUCUGGGUUUUCAGGGGACUUUGAAACUUCAUUAGCAUAAUGAGUGGAAUUUCAUUUAGUUUGACUCAUUCUGGUUUAUGAAGUUUGCUACUUGUGGUUUUCUGAAAAUUCAGUAUAUCCUUGGUAUUUAUUGUAGCAUACAAAGAGAUUUAUAUGCAGUACUGAAGAAACAUGGCAGAAAUAGUUCUGAUUAGUUUUUAAUAGAGAAAAGAAAUCCUGCAUUAGAGAGAGAAAACAACAGACAAUUGCCCAGACCAAAGAUCUAUCCAUCUCUUUUCUACCAGUGGCUGCUGGUGAGUACCUGGGAAAAAAAAUAAAUUCGAAUAUUGGGUAGCACAAACAUGUAGUGUUACUUCACCCCUGUAAUCAUUCAGUAUAAUGAAUAUAUUCAGCAUUUUCAAUAAUUUGUAGUUUAGCAGAUACAUGUAUUACUUUUAACAUCCAUUUUCUUCACACGAAUUUCUUACAAUCAAUUUUUAGCCUGUUUAGCAUGUUUUGGAAAAUAAUUCUUAGAUUUCUUUACACAUUGUUUGGGGAAGUAACUCCUCUUUUUAAUUUGCAUCAUUUGAUGUCUUUGUAUUCCUGUACUAGAAAAAAGAGCACUUAUUCCCUCUUCAUUAUUUAUUCCCUAAUGACCAUCACGUGGAAAAAGUGUUCAAUUCUGUGGUUUAAGUCAAGAAUAAGUGGUUUAUUGAUUUAUUAAUUACAGUUAACCAGCAAUCAAUCACCUACAUGUUUAAUUCAAGAGCAGCAACACUGGACAUCUUCAGUGUUAAGAAGCACAUGCAAAUUUCUAGGCAUCCCCUGCAGCUCAUGUCAGAGGUUUUAAUCCCCUGCACAGUCUCACAGAGAUUCCCAGAAUUACAGAUGCUGCUUUUUACAGUGGGUGUGCAAUACAAAGACCUCUGGCAUUUUCAGAGGUUGGGGUGCAGAUCUGCUGCUGCCUCACAGCUCUGCUUAGAGCUGAGGGUGUUCUGGGUGACCUUGGAAUAUUCUGUAACACAGCUCUUCUCUUGUGUCUGCAAAAUUUCAGCAGAUAAGAUUUUCCAUUAUAGCUGAACAUAUCAAAGCAUUUGUUCAGAUAGUAGAUCUCUUUGCAUAAUUGAUGCUGAAUAACAAAAAUGUCCUUCUCCAAGUUACAAAAAAUGUCUAGGUUUUGCUCAUUAAUUUUUGUUCCAGCUUCUUAUCUGGAUGACCAUAUGGAGAUUCUUUGGAACACGGCCUUUCAGAAUUUUGCUGAAAGGACAUCUAGUUUUUAUUUUCAGUGCUGUUAGGAUUUUUUCCCUCCUAGUUUUUCCUUACCAUUUGGUAUCUUUUAAUAUAAAUUUUAGCUUAUUUUCUCCCAAGAUGACACUACCUUUUAGAUCCUAUCUGUCAUACAACAUUAAGGAUCUGUAAAAAGGCCAAAAAAUGGCAAAGUAAAUGUGAAAGGGUAAUUUUUCAUCUAAUUGUGGAAGUGACAGUGUUUAGUACUGUGGCAUUCUAUGAACAAAUGAACAAAUUCUUUGCUUGCAGAAAUGGCAAACCCAUGGUAUUGUGCUCAGUAAAGUUCUGGGCAUGUUUGGGAUCCAAAGCCACUCACUGAGCUGUAACAUUCUUAUACACUUAUUUAUGUUUUAAUGGAGACAGAAGAGAAUUGAAAGGAUAUUGAAAGGAUUUUGGAGACACAGCUUUGGCAUCAGAAAAUUGCAUUGCAGACAGCAACAGAAGUUUUAUUUUUCUAUUGCCAAUAGAAGAAGCAAGUACACUUAAUCGCUCUCUUUUUUUAAGGAUUCAUGAUAGUGCUCAUUGCUUUUUUGCUUGUCAACCUAUGCUAUAAUAAUUUAAACAAAUAUUAAUACUGUUAUCUCAAACCCCCAUGCUUAGUUAUGAAAAUAAUUCUUACCAGGGCCCUGAAAUGUCUGGUUUAAAAAUAUUUACC